AUGCCGGUCUCCUCCGUGGCCUCGCCCCUCCUGCUCUCGCUCUCCGCCUCUUCCUCCUCCUUCCUCUCCUCCUCCUCGGUCUCCUUCCUCCCCUCCCCCUCCCCCUCCCCCUCCCCCUUCCCGCACGCCUCCGUCAGGGGGAGGCCGUCCGCCUCCAUCCUCCGCGCGCUGCGGGCCGAGGCCACCACCCUCCCGGUCAUCAACUUCACCGGCGAGAAGGUCGGGGAGGUCGCCCUGGACAUCAAGGCCGCGCCGCCCUCCACCGCGCGCUCCGUCGUGCAUCGCGCCCUCAUCACCGACCGCCAGAACGCGCGCCGGGGCACGGCCUCCACCCUCACCCGCGGGGAGGUCCGGGGCGGCGGGCGGAAGCCCUACGGCCAGAAGAAGACCGGGAAGGCGCGGCGCGGGUCGGUCCGCACGCCGCUCCGCCCCGGCGGUGGAGUCAUCUUCGGCCCCAAGCCCCGGGACUGGACCAUCAAGAUCAACCGCAAGGAGAAGCGCCUCGCCAUCUCCACCGCGCUCGCCAGCGCCGCCGUGGCCAACGACUCCUUCGUCGUGCAGGAGUUCGACGAGGAGUUCGCGACGGGGCCCCGCACCAGGGACUUCGUGGCCGCGCUGCAGCGCUGGGGGCUCGACCCCAGGGAGAAGGCCAUGUUCUUCUCCACGGAGCUUGAUGAUAAUGUGCGGCUGAGCGGCAGGAACAUCGGCACCCUCAAAAUGCUAACUCCCAGGACGCUCAACCUAUACGACAUCCUCGACGCCCGCAAGCAUUUCUUCACCCCGGCCGCUAUUGACUACCUCAACUCGAGGUACGGUACCACCGGUUUUGAUGAAUAUGAGGGCGAUGAUGGCGACGACGACGGUGAAGAGGAAGGGGUGGAGGAGCAAGAGGAGGGAGAAGAAAUCACAGAGGAGGCUGCCCAAGAUGAGACUGGAGAGGCUGAGGCAGACAGCAUUUCCUAG